GAAUAGAUAGCUGUCCUGUCGCAUACCAAUUCGCUCUCUCAUUGUUACAGUAAUUACGAAUUCAAUUCCUCCGCGAAAUACAGAGCUCUCGAGAUCCAAUCCUUCUGCAAAGUAGAGGAUUGACCCUGCAUUGCCUGUCGGGCGUUUCCGCAUACAAUACGUAACCGUGGCUCCUCUUGGUCGGGUCUACCCCGCGGUCUCCGCCGUGGCUCCCUACGCACGACUCUCCCUCAUAUCCAGACACCUGGAUCCUCGACCACCACUUCCAAUCAACACUCCAUUCUCUACCGAACGAGCGUCGAGUAUCGAGCCUCCCACGCCACAGCCACGACGAUUCAGCUCGAGUUCCCAGAGUUCAGAAAAGUCCAAGAUGUCGAGCCAGCCAGAGCACCCCACCUUGCUGAUCCCUGGGCCGAUCGAAUUUGAUGAUGCCGUUCUCCAGUCUAUGAGCCAUUUCAGUCAGAGUCAUGUCGGCGCACCCUUCGUGGCAACCUUUGGGGAGACUCUCACUAUGUUGAGAAAGCUCUUCAAAACCACCGAUCCUUCCUCUCAGCCGUUUGUGAUCUCCGGCUCCGGUACCCUUGGUUGGGAUCUGGUUGCUGCGAAUUUGGCAGAGCCUGGUGAUGAUGUCUUGGUCUUGCACAGUGGCUACUUUGCCGACUCCUUCGCCGACUGCUUUGAGACAUACGGUGUCAAGGCCACACAACUGAAGGCUCCUAUCGGAUCAAGACCUCAGCUCCCUGAGAUCGAGAAGGCCCUGAAGGAGAAGAAAUACAAGCUGCUGACUGUCACUCACGUCGACACCUCCACUGGUGUCCUGAGUGAGCUCAAGUCCCUUUCCGAAUUGGUCCACAGAGUCUCCCCUGAGACCCUGAUCAUCGUGGAUGGGGUAUGCAGUGUUGGCUGUGAGGAUAUUGAGUUCGAUGAAUGGAAGCUGGAUGGUGUUAUCACCGCCAGCCAAAAGGCCAUUGGCGUCCCCGCUGGAUUGUCCAUCUCGAUGUACAGUGGCAGAGCCAUCAAGGCCUUCCAAAGCAGAAAGACCCCUCCUGGCUCUUACUUUGCGUCUAUGAAGAACUGGCUCCCGAUUAUGCAAAACUACGAGGCCAAGAAGGCUUCCUACUUUGCAACUCCUUCUCCUCAGUUGAUCCAUGCUCUCCACACCUCCCUGACCCAGAUCCUUUCCAGACCCUUGUCUGAGCGCUUUGCCGCGCACCGAGCCACCUCUCUGAAAAUCAAGAAGGCCGUUGCUGAUCUCGGUCUGAAGCAAGUGGCUUUGGACCCGGCUGAUCAGGCGAAUGGCAUGACUGCCAUCUAUCUCCCUGAGAACGUCAAGGCUCCAGAGCUUUUGCCAAACCUACUUAAGAAGGGCGUCAUUUUCGCUGGGGGUCUGCACAAAGAGAUUGCUACCAAGUACAUCCGUUUCGGGCAUAUGGGCGUUAGCGUAACUGACCCCAAGCGUGAUGAUAUCGAUCGUGCGAUUAAGGCUCUGGAGGCCGGUUUAUCAGAUGCAGGUUAUCAAAAGGCAUAA